UUUGCUUUUAACUCCUGUCAGCAAGAUGGAUAUUUACUAAAUCUGAUUCAGUUAAAUAGUAUAAAUUUAUAAUUGUCCUAUUUUUUAGCCGACACUGUAUUUUUCUGAUCCAUUACUUAGUUAUAUAAGGAUGUUAUGCGUACGCUCAUAACCAACAAUAAAUACAGCAUUAUAACAAAUUUAUAACACGUUCUUUACCAUGCUCUAUACUUGCUUUUGGGGAGUUAUUACGACAUGAUUAGAACUUCUUUAGUUACCACUGAACGUGACUGAACGCUUGUAGAGGAGCAUUUAAAGUAGUAGGUCGUCGAUUAUCAAAAGAAGUUGACGCGUGGCAACCAUCGUGCAGCCUCCGCAUUUUUUUACCGAAACAAUAAUGGCGUUUUCCGUUGUUCAGACAAGGAAAACCAAAAAAAGUAAGCCUUGCCUAUCAGUUGUCCCUUCAAAUUGGGUGAAUAAUGAGAAUGUGUUUUGGCCACCAAGAAACCUGAUAUCUCUAUCAACGGAUGAAAAUAGUCUUCCAGACAAAUGUACCUGGGCAAAGCAGUCAUGCAAAACCGUCGGCCGUGCCAAGAGCUACCGAGAAGCCGAAAACAUCGUGAGCAGGCUUGAAAUUAUCACAGAUUCUGAAGAUGCUAUAAAUAUGACACAUGGAACUCGCGCAAACCCGGCCAAGAAGAAACCAAAGUUUGUUUCGAAAUCUUAUGAAUUAGUACCACCACAAACGACAAUGGCUCAAGUUGCAUACCCACAAACUGAUCAAACUGAAAGGAAUAUCCAGACAGUUCUCCAGGUCAAUACCGUCCCAGAUCUCAAAACAAUUUCUAGCAAAUGUCCGGUUUCUUACCUGAAAAAAGAGAAUGAGUCCCAGCCGGAGGAAUUAAACACAUCGUUGAAACAGUGUGCCCCAAAUCUGACGAAUGGUUCUCCAGCAUAUUCUCCACUAGAUACGAGUCGCAUUCGUUCUUCACCUGUUAACGCCACAUCAACCGUCCAUUAUCCAAGAGAAGGAUCCUGUUCAAUGGCACUUGAAAAGCCAAUCAAUUUUCCAAAACAACAUGAAUUCGCAAUACUUCAAGAUGCUGAGAACACCCAAUCAUCACAUGAAUCACAAUUGGUUUCAUGUUCGAAUGGAACCGUUUCUGAUACAUUGAAUCCGGAGCCUUCAGUCAACCAUCCGUUGUUUCGAGGUCAAGAUUCUAAGGCCGUCAACAUGUCCCAACCAGUAUGUAUUAUUCGUGGAGAUGAUGGGCGACAGUACGUCGAUUUGGGAAACAGCUGUUAUAUGGAAAUAAUGGGCGAAGAAUCCGACCCGACAGUUGAGGUCGCAUCUAACAGUGGUGACGUUCGGGAAGCAGUACUCCAAUCGGUUCCGGGAAAUGAAAUUAUUGAAAAUACAGGUGAAGCGAAUAAUGAGAAAAUCACCAAUGAAUUACAAAAGAUUCAUACCAAGUUGGAUGGACUUGCUGCUCGAUUGGAUCGAGUUCUUUCAUUCUCAGCCAAUUUUGAUAAGUUUAUGUCAGCUAAGCAAUCAGCGUCGGUUUGUUUGGAGAGAAGACGGGAGUUCGAAGAUUUCUCCGAGCUCAAGGCGCUGUGUCCUAUUCUAAGCGAAGAUCGAUUGCAGGUGCUUGAAAAUCAUUUGAAAAACAAAGUAUACGCCGAUAAGUUUUUUCGAUUCUUUGAUUCUGAGUAUAACCUGAAUGGCAAACGUGACGGUAAAGCUUUUUCAAAACGAUUAUUCGAAGAAUAAUGGCGCCUACAAUCUUGCUUCCAUUUUCCUGGAAGGGAAAUUCCAGAAGAACUGAUGAGUCUGAGCCUUUUGUUCCUAAUCGCAGCUUCAAGGACACUUUUCCAUGCAUGGUAGAAUUCUUACAACGUGUCGUAUUUGCCGCCGAUAUGAAUCAAACUGUAGAGGAAACUGAGAAGUGUUUCAGCCAGUUUCUGCGACAAAAGAAGGUGGAGAUUAAUCGUUUCCUAGAGGACAGUCGUAGUCGCCGGGCCUCCAGCUCUCGAACACGAAAACCAAAAAAGGUAAAUGAGGAACCAGUUCAACACGAUGCGAACCAGAAGCUCGAACUAACUCAGAGCGAUGAGUCAGCUAAGGACAAGGAGCUAUCAACGGAUCACAUGUCAAAUCUGGAGAACUAUUCCACUCAGGAGAACGGACCACUCGUUAUGUAUGAGGGUUUCGAUCAAGGAAUCGAGGGUGAUGUUGAAAUUGAAUUGUAAGAAACAAAAAUCGUUUUUAUUAUAAGUUAAAUUCAUUGUUUUGUUUUAAAAUGUUUUCAGUACACGGUGGUGAUUUGUUAAAUUGUUUUACUGUUUCAAUAACACUUUGAAGAAUAAAUAAUUGAUUAAA